UGGACAAUGAGAGGCUCACCGCCGAGGAGAUGGACGAGCGCAGGCGCCAGAACGUUGCCUACGAGUACCUCUGUCACCUGGAGGAGGCCAAGAGGUGGAUGGAAGCGUGCCUCGGGGAAGACCUGCCCCCCACCACGGAGCUGGAGGAGGGGCUCAGGAAUGGGGUGUACCUGGCCAAACUGGGGAACUUCUUCUCUCCCAAAGUGGUGUCCCUGAAGAAGAUCUAUGACCGAGAGCAGACCAGGUAUAAGGCGACCGGCCUCCACUUCCGACACACGGAUAACGUCAUCCAGUGGCUGAACGCCAUGGGCGAGAUCGGGCUGCCCAAGAUCUUUUACCCAGAAACGACAGACAUCUACGAUAGAAAGAACAUGCCGAGAUGCAUCUACUGCAUCCACGCGCUCAGUCUGUACCUGUUCAAACUAGGCCUGGCGCCUCAGAUUCAGGACCUGUAUGGAAAGGUUGACUUCACAGAGGAGGAGAUCAACAACAUGAAGACCGAGCUGGAGAAGUACGGGAUCCAGAUGCCCGCCUUCAGCAAGAUCGGGGGCAUCCUGGCCAACGAGCUGUCGGUGGACGAGGCCGCGUUGCACGCCGCCGUCAUCGCCAUCAACGAGGCCGUCGACCGCGGCGUCGCCGCCGACACGCUCGUGGCCCUGCGAAACCCCAACGCCAUGCUCGUGAACCUGGAGGGCUCCUUGGCGGCCCCGUACCAGCACGUGCUGCACCAGGCCAAGCAGGACAAGAUGGCCAGCGCGAGAAGCCGGACGGAGAACUCGGAGCGGGAGAGGGACGUCUAUGAAGAGCUGCUCACGCAGGCCGAGAUCCAGGGCAACGUGAACAAAGUCAACACCUCCUCUGCUCUGGCGAACGUGGACCUGGCCCUGGAGCAGGAGGCCGUGCUGGCCCUGGUCGAGGCCCUGCAGUCGCCAGCGCUGGGCCUGCGGGGGCUGCAGCCGCAGAAUGGGGACUGGUACCUCAAGCAGCUCCUGAGUGACCGGCAGCGCAAGAGACAGGGCGGCCAGCCCGACCCCCUGCAGAGGGAGGAGCUGCAGUCCGGCGUGGAGGCCGCCAACAGCACCGCGCAGCAGCACCAGAGAAGGCUGGCGGCUGUGGCCGCGAUUAACGCCGCCAUCCAGGAGGGCGUCGCUGAGAAGACGGUCAUGGAGCUGAUGAACCCCGAGGCCCAGCUGCCCGAGGUGCACGGGUUCGCGGCUGGCCUCUACCAGAAGGAGCUGGCCACCCUGCAGCUGCAGAGCCCUGAGCGCAGCCUCACCCACCCCGAGCUCGUUGUCGCCGUGGAGAUGCUGUCGUCGGUGGCCCUCAUCAACAGGGCGCUGGAGUCCGGGGACGCGAGCACAGUGUGGAAGCAGCUGAGCAGCUCCGCGACGGGCCUGACCAGCAUCGAGGAGGAGAACUGCCAGAGGUAUCUCGACGAGCUGACGAGACUGAAAGCCCAGGCGGUGGCGGAGAGCCAGGAGUUUCUCACGUGGAACGACAUCCAGGCCUGCGUGGACCACGUGAACCUGGUGGUGCAGGAGGAGCACGAGCGGAUUCUGGCCAUUGGCCUGAUCAACGAGGCCCUGGACGAAGGGGACGCCCAGAGGACCCUGCAGGCCCUGCAGACCCCCGCCGCCAAGCUCGAGGGCGUCCUCCCGCACGUGGCCCAGCACUACCAGGACACGCUGAUCCGGGCCAAGAGGGAGAAGGCCCAGGUAGGAGACGAGCGCAGCCCGUGGGUGAAGCACUGGGUGAAGGGCGGCUACUACUACUACCACAGCCUGCAGACCCAGGAGGGCAGCUGGGACGAGCCGCCGGGCCUCGAGCUCAACUCCACGCAGCUGUCCCGGGAGGAGAUCCAGAGCUCCGUGUCCGGGGUGACGGCCGCCUACAACCGGGAGCAGCUCUGGCUGGCCAACGAGGGCCUGAUCACCAAGCUGCAGGCCUGCUGCCGGGGCUACUUGGUUCGCCAGGAAUUCCGAUCCCGGAUGAAUUUCCUGAAGAAGCAGGUCCCGGCCAUCACCUGCAUUCAGGUCCUCGAAGGCGGAGGGCCGGGCCCGGCGCUCGCUCGGGCGUGCUGCGGGCGGGCAGCGCCCUGUCCGUCGCGCCCUCGGUGCUUUGAAAGCUUUUCAUUCACGCGUGGGCGCUUUGCUUUGUUUCCACAGGAUGUGGUUUCCCACAGUAAGAAACUUACCAAAAAAAACAAAGAGCAGCUGUCUGACAUGAUGACACUGAACAAGCAGAAGGGGGGGCUCAAGGCGCUGAGCAAGGAGAAGCGGGAGAAGCUGGAGGCCUACCAGCACCUGUUCUACCUGCUGCAGACCAAUCCCACCUACCUGGCCAAGCUGAUUUUCCAGAUGCCGCAAAACAAGUCCACCAAGUUCAUGGACUCCGUGAUCUUCACGCUCUACAACUACGCGUCUAACCAGCGCGAGGAGUACCUGUUGCUCCGGCUCUUCCAGACGGCGCUGCAGGAGGAGAUCAAGUCAAAAGUGGAUCAGAUUCAAGAGAUUGUGACGGGAAAUCCCACGGUGAUUAAGAUGGUGGUGAGCUUCAACCGCGGAGCCCGCGGCCAGAACGCGCUGCGGCAGAUCCUGGCCCCGGUGGUCAAGGAGAUCAUGGACGACAAGUCUCUCAACAUCAAGACCGACCCUGUGGACAUCUACAAGUCUUGGGUCAACCAGAUGGAGUCGCAGACGGGGGAGGCGAGGUGAGCCCGUCUUCCGCCCUGCGUCUGGCAUCUUCUUCCUCCCUUUUUCCCCGCGUGCCUGCCCGGGGCCCCCUCCCCUGGCCGCCUCGCGGGGCCCUGCCGGGGGGAUCGCUGCGCCUCCUUCUGCGCGGGCUCUGCCGUUUCCGCCCCGAGGCCGCGGCGUUGGUUUAAAAACGUUAUCUUUGAGAUCAACCCGACAGAAGAAGUCGGGGACUUUGAAGUGAAAGCCAAGUUCAUGGGCGUCCAGAUGGAGACUUUCAUGUUGCAUUACCAGGUCCAGUUCCAGAAGCUGCAGCAGCUACGCCUCCCGCCGUGCCACGGGGGGUCCCUGCCCAACGUGAGCCAGCUCCGCAGUGGCGCGCCCGAGUUCCAGGGGGGUGUUUUGCACCGACAGCGCGUCUGGGCGGCUCUCGCCCGGCCCAUCGCCCCCCGCCAGCGCCCCGUGCUGCGGCCAGGCGGCGCCGCGUGCGGGAGGCCUGGGCGGGCGCCUUGGCCCCAGCUAGACUCCGAGGCUGCCCGCGCGCUGGAGCACCUGAGCGGUCAGGGGCAUCUGGUGCCAGCCCCCCGUGACGGCCCAGGCAGCCACGCGGCAGUGCCCGUCCCCGAGAAGCCGGUUGUGGGCCGGCGCAGAGAACGGAGCGCGUCACUCCGGUACUGCCGGGCCCCUGCGCCCCGGCAGAGCUGA